AGAAUGAAGAAAUGUCAGGAGAGCUAUCAGAAGAGGAGGGUGAACCAAAGUCAAAAAAAUACUUAUCUAUUAAAGAAGUGUCACGUGAACUUUUAAAGGCACUACGUAAAGAAAUCAACUUAAUUACGUCAAGGUUACGACCUGAGUAUCAACUAAAACUUCAAAAGACCUUUGAGGAUCAACGUGAUCUUGUUAAAAUCUCAAUACUUCCAAAAAUUGCAAAUGCUUUGGAUAAGACAACGUUUCCAGUAGUUGAUAGUGUAAUUUAUAAAAUACUACAUCAACUUCAUCGACACCGAAGGGACGAAUUCAUCACAGAACAAAAACCGGCAAUAGUGGUAGACAAACAUAAAAGAAGGAAGCAUAAUAAUGGACGUGUAGAUUCCUUAAUAAGAAAGAUAGCAAAAAAAGACUUAAUGAAGUUACAGACAAGUAAUCGUUACCAUUUCCCAGAAAUCUCAGAAACAGAUAAAGAAUCGGUAAAAAGAAAGAUCGUAGUUUAUGACUUGAAGUGGCGAUCACAAGCUCUGAAAGAGUUGUUAAAAAACUAUGUGGAUAAAAUUAACGAUGAAACGGUGAAAGCAAAGACAUCUCGAAUAAGAAGUCAUGGACCAGAGUUUGCGUCGGAGGACAAGCCACCAAUAAAUGCACCAAAAUGGAUGUUGGCCAAAUAUGAAACUGAGAUCGUAGAAGAGGAGAAUGAAGUCGAUGAAGAGGAUGAAGUCAAAAGCGAGGGUGAAGUUGAUGAAGAGAAGAAUGAAGUCGAUGAAGAGGAGAAUGAAGAUAAUGAAGACGAUGAAGGAGAAGCUUCAUAG